CGGGUCCUUGCAGAGGAGUAUAGGGAAGUGAAAGGUUUGAAGGAGUCAACUCGCAUUGAAUCUGCAAGCUUGCUGGAGUUGUUGACCAAGCAUUUAAGAGGCUGUCCGCAUAAGAACCGAUAAGGCAAAUUUCGGUCUAUCACGGAUUGCCCUGAUUUUUUCAGUGGAAGACAACUAUCCUAUCACAUGAAGAAAUAUCACACUUAUUUGGACCAACUCAAUUUUUUCUCUAUUUUACAGGAAGAUAUUCUCCGUCACCUAAAACUAGCCAGUUUGCCGUCGGAAGUGGUGCGAUAUUGCUGAAACUUUAGGGCUCUGUCAAACCUACCUUACAUAGCCGAAUAAGCUGAUUAUUUUACAGACAAAAGUUUUAACUCUGAUCAAUAGUUUCAAGGUUUAAUGGUUGCAUUCUGUGGAAAGUUGGCUGGGAUAUGAUUUUUUUAAAAUGACCUUUAACUUGCUCGGCAGGAAAAGUAAUUUGCAUAACUAGAGCUGAACGGUAAUUUUGCAAAAGUGGCACCUGACCCAGACUCAAGUCUAUGAUAAAUCAGAAGUACUAAGACCAGUCUACUUCUUAAUGCAAUAAAAUUUGUGGGCACUCUUCUUUGUGUGCCGUGCAAAGUUUCGUUAAUGUUCCAAAAUUCGCCAUUUUGAUAGCAAAGCUGGAAUUGUAACGGGUCCGCAUCUGAUCGACUAAUUUCCACAGCUUUAACGUUUCUAGAUAUCACUAAAUGUCAUUAGACCGUUUAAAUGUUGGACGUUUGAAAACGUGUGGAGAAAACUCAGUAAUCGCUUUUCCUUGGGUCUUUUUCUUGUCAACGAUGAACGUGACUUCAUUCUCCAUAUGCAAAUUAGCCUUAGAUGCGUUGUUUCAACAAAUUGACAGGAAAUAUAAUCCUUGCAUUUCACAUUUCUAAGGGGAAAAAUAACUCUCCUUUCCACAGAAAAACACAAACCAUGACUUAGAAUCCCCCUAAGGUCUGUUUUUUUUUUUUUUUUAACGGGGAAGAGGCAGCUGAAUAAUAUAUCAUGAUAUAUGUUUGCGUGGCUUAAAAUAAUUCAAUUACUGUGGUCUGUCACGCAUUCCUAAAGAGGGGUGGUCAAUUAGAAAACAAUAGCGUUGUGUCCAUCAAUUCUAUAAUAUUAUCAUCUUUUUUUUAAAUGAUAGUUAUUGAUAAUAAUAAAAAAUAAGAGUUCACUUGCAAGGUAAGUCCUCUUGUCAGCACACGAAAAUUUUUGGGCACUCUUUUUGCGUGUCUUAAAAAAUAGCGUUAACGUCGAAAGCUUUAUUAUGAUAUUUGCUUAUCAGGAGAAGGCAGAUCGUUGUACAUGGCACUAAGAUAAAAAAAAAUGCCCCACACUUUUUCUAUCUUAAAUUAGCAGUAAAUUUCAGUUUCGUUCAAAGAUCUUUAAAGUGUUUAUCGGCAGCAGAAUGAAACGGGAAAAAUAGUUCCUUUUUUCAGUGAAUAAACGCAAAAGGGAGUAUCUUUUUAGUUUUUGUUAGGGUAUAACAUCCGAAUUCCAACGAUGAUCUUGUUUUGGUUUCAAUGUGAUUGAAUUAUAAUGCAACAGGUUCCAGUUUCAAAUAUAAUUAUGUCAAUGAAAUCGCGAAAGAGAUCAAUUGUGAAAAAUGGCUUUUUCGGCCAUUUCAUCAAGCAGUUCUUCCGUGAGAUCGUAGACAGAGUGAGGUCCCAGUAGGGGCGUGGAGGAAUAUCAUUUAGGCACUCUGUGACCAACACAUAUUACGUCGCACUUAGCCAGCUGUCACUUGUCUAAGUGUAGCAAGUGUAGCAAAGACAAUGAAAAUGAGCUCAUUUUAGCAAGAGUACGUAUUCGAGGCUUGGUGGGUAUUCGGAACUGAAAUGUCAAUCUGCCCAAGGCACAGACACUAAAUAGACCCGCCUCCCCUCAGGCUAACACUAAAAUGACAAUCUGCCCAAGGCACCGAACACCUACUUGGCAGGUUUUUGCGAGCGCCAAGGUCUUGUUAGGCUCGAUUGUAAGCCGCUGUUCUGGAAAAUGAGCCCCCAACGGACGGGGAGACGGCGGAAAUCGAGCCUAAGGUCUUGUCAAUAACCCGGUCACACUCUGGAUCAUACUGGCAAAAUAACUUCUGUGGCAGGAAGACAUGUCGCAAAUUUGCAGACAGCCAGCGAAAUAAGUGAAAGUUUUGUUCCAUCACGUAAGUAUCAUUCUUUUUUCUUCGUCGUGCAAAAAAGUCUCUUAAUGUACAGAGAUAUUCUAAUUUCUCUAUUUCACAUUUCAUCUUGCGAUGUUUUCUGAAGUUCGUUUCCAGUUUAUUUGAGCUUGCAAAGAUAGUUUUUAUUUCUAUUUUUUUGACUGCAGUGUAUCUUGCCCUAAUCAAUUCUUACCUUUAAAAUGCUAUACAUACCGGUUAAUCCGUGUGCUGUAAAAGAUGGUUUUCUGAUGAUUGUUUGAAGAGCAUUAUAAAUGGGAAAAAAAGAACUUUCUACACGGAGUCAGGAUCCAACCUCGUCCCCAUGGCUUUCCCGCCCCUGCCAUUUUCUAAGAAGAAUGUCCUGGGGACGAGGCUAGGAGUGAUUGUGGUCGACGUGUCGUAUAGCCGAUUUGCUCCUCCUGUCGCAAGAAACUUGAAAAAUCUUGACGCCGAAGGGUCGAGAAGAGUACGAUUGAAUAGUCAGCAACCAUGUCCACACAUUUGCCGGAGAGGAUUAUUGGACAAGAUUUCUCUGUUUUUUUUGUUUUGAUAUCGUUUUCAUUAAGUCUUCAAAAAUGCCUCCAGAUUGCUGUUUUUUUUGUUUUUGUUUUUGUUUUUUUUUGUAUUUAUACCCUCUUGACCAAUGUGCUCCAUCUCAUCUCUCCAUUUUUAACCUACCUUACCAUCCACCCUCUCUCCCCACUGUUCCACCUCUACUUUUACAAGCAUUUGUACUUAAGGGGGUGAAAUUUCUCCCGUGUAUAUUAAUUUCUGAAAAAUUAAGUCCUUCUACCUUUUCCUUAAAUUCUUAAACUUAGUUCAUUUUUCUUUAAGAACCGCCAAAGAUGCUACUAAGGCUGCAAUAAGUGCACUCGCCCUUUCAUAUACUUCAUCUAGUGAAAUGCCCACCUUUCUGAUACCUGAAUCCUGAAAAAGAUACUCCUUUGGGGCGGAAUCUCCCCGUAUAAGCCAUCAUAGGGAGUUCCCCCACCCCUGUUCCAAUUCCGUGCUCACCUAUUGCCAGCCCAUGUUGGACUCCAGGCCCGUUUGAGUCAACACAAAAACAUAGUCCUAGGUGUAUACAAGUUGAACUUGACCAUAGAGAUCUGUUGCAUGAAGACGAGGAGUUCGAAAGGCAAAAGCUUAUUGCAGAAAUCGCUGAAGAAUUGAGACCACAACACCCUCAACCAGAAGCUUUCACCCUAUGUGUAUGUCAAAGGAAGAACAACCUAGUCAGUUCAACGUGGUAAUGCUAAAAAAAUCUUGUGUCACUUUAAAAUACCAUUCAAAUCCAGGGAAAGAAAGGGAGACCUAAUUGACAAACUUUCCUCUUUCAUACAAGAUUGCAAGUGCUUUUCUCCAUCAGCUCAGGAGUGAACAUAGGGAUCCUUAAUUUAGUGUGAUUAACAGCCGGCAAAAACUUUUGGGAUCUAACGGGAGACGGACUGUCAAUUUUCUGCAUGCCAUUCCUCAUUUUUACUGAAAUGUUGUUAAUUGGCGAUAAACACAAUGCUCUGUUAAUACCACCCUAAGGUUUGUAGGGUAGCCUAUAGUUAGCUAGGGAUUUAGGAAAUCUGUAUGCUGCUUUAAGGACUUUGCAGGUGUGGUCCUGUGGUGUCGCACGGUAUUUCUGAAGUUGUUUGCGAGCUUUUUCCAAAAUAUUAAUAGUUAAUUCUGUAAUUGAAAAUAUUGUGCUAGUGCUCGUGAAUGAGAGUGGCCGUGUCCAAGUGACUACUUUGUAGCUAAUUGUCGUGUAUUACACCAUGGGCUGUCAUAUUAAACCCCAUCCUCACGGUGGCGCCCGGGGAUACUGACUCAGUUAAAACGGUCGUAGAAUGAAUAAAUACAACAGCACGGUAUUUCCCACCCAGUAAAGAAUCGGAAUUAACAGUGAUUAAAUUGUAUGAUUAUCAAUAACUAUCACUUCCAAAAAAAUAUAAUCAGAUAAAAGAACUGAUCGAUACACGGCCACUCUCGGGGAAUGCGUGACGGGCCACAGUAAUUAAAUUAUUUUAAUUCGCGUAAACAUAUCUUCUUCUACUGCUUCGUACUCGUAAAAGAAACAGACCUAAUGGGAUUCUAAGUCAUAUAUCGUUAGUGUUUUUCCGUGGAAAGAAGAGAUAUUUUUCCCUUAAACAUGUGAAAUAUUAGCAGUUAUGUUUCCUGUCAAUUUGUUGAAACGACGCAUCUAAGGCCAAUUUGCAUACGGAGAAUGAAAUCGCGUUCUGAUCGUCGACAAGGAAAAAAAAAAAAAAACAAGAAAAAGCGAUUACCAAGUUUUCUCCUCAUGUUUUCAAAAGUCCAACAUUUAAACGGUCUAAUGACAUUCGGUGAUAACUAGAAACUUUAAAACUGUGGAAAUUAGUCCAUCAAAUGGGGACUGUUACAAUUCCAGCUUUGCUGUCAAAAUGGCGAAUUUUGUAACAUUAACGGAACUUUGUACAGCACGCAGAGAAGAGUGCCCACAAAUUUUAUUGCAUUAAGAAGUAGACUGGUCUUAGUACUUCUGAUUUAUCAUAGACUUGAGUCUGGGUCAGGUGCCACUUUUGCGAAAUUACCGUUCAGCUCUAGUUAUGCAAAUUACUUUUCCUGCUGAGCAAAUUAAAGGUCAUUUUAAAAAAAUCAUAUCUCAGCCAACCUUCCACAGAAUGCUACCAUUAAACUUUGACACUGUUAAUCAGAGUUAAAACUUUUGUGUGUAAAAUAAUCAGCUUAUUCGGCUAUGUAAGGUAGGUUUGACAGAGCCCUAAAGUUUCAGCAAUAUCGCACCACUUCUGACGUUAAACGGGCCAGUUUUAGGUGACCGAGAAACUCUUCCUGUAAUAUAGAGAAAAAAUUGAGUUGGUCCAAAUAAAUGUGAUAUUUCUUCAUGUGAUAGGAUAGUCAUCUUCCACUGAAAAAAUCAGGACAAUCUGUGAUACACCGAAAUUUGCCUUAUCGGUUCUUACGCGGACAGCCUCUUAAACCUCAUUCAAAUUUGUAUAGAUGGAAGGGGAGAUAUUUUAGAAAAUAACGGCCACGAAAUCAAGAAGAUCGUGGACUCUUUAAAGAAUAAUCAGAGAAAUGAUCAAAUAACUGUCAACCAAAAAGUGGAGGCGGCGAUUGCAUCUAAUUAUGAGACAGUAAUGGAAUAUCUAGACAGCAACCGAGACAGAGAUACCCUACAGGCAGUGUUGAUUAAGGUGACAAGUGUCAAUUUGAUGACUAGACUAACAAGUCUACAGGACAAAAGGAAUUUUCAACGGGCUAGAGGUCUGGUGGGUCAGAAUUUGAAACUUUUUAAAGACAUGAAAAACAAAUUAAUGGCCAAUUCUGGUUUACUUAGUUACGCACAGAGAAAGAAGAGGAAUCUCCUUCUUCAAUGUAUGAAUUUGAAAAGGUUCGUCAUAUCUUGA